AUGGCUGCCAAUCCAGUAAACGCCCUGCAGACCCUGCAGGCUGCCCUUGUAGCCGAGCCAAAUACCAAAGAACAAGCAGACAUUCUUGCCACUUUACGUGAAUCUUUAGAGUCCCAUCCGUCUCCAAUCCCAACUAUCGUCGACACUCUCAUUUCCCGCAUCGCUGUGAAUGCUGGGGACUCUUUGCUCAAGAGAUGGAUUCUCGACCUCCUUCAGUUUGCAAUUGCCCGCUCGACUUUGCCAUUGGAGACGCGAACACAGAACGACCCAGUCACCGCCAUCGUCAAAACAGUCGUCCAAUGUAUGACCACCGUCUACCCCCUCGUGUUCCGUCAUCUAUGCCAAAACCGAAACAACCCCGGAACCUGGAACACACUUUCUACCUGCAAAGCGCGAAUAAUCGAAUGUCUGUGGUCACCAGCAACCAGCGUCGGCGUCAAACUUUCAGCCAUGAAAGAUACCGACCUCCUCUCUGCCUUGCUCAACUCAUGGGCCAAUCUUGCAAGGCUUCGUCCGCCAAUGGUCCCCAUUCUCAUCACAACGCUGAAACAAUGGACACCGAACGCCCUUGUCAAUCUGUCUGCGUCGCAAAUCAGGAGCGUAGAAAAGGCCGUCCGAAUUCUCUUGGUCCAUAUUUCCAGACUUCCCGGGAACUCGCAGUAUGGGCCUCAGAUCAACGAAGCACUCCAGCAACAGGCGGUGCGAAUGGAACGCGCCGCUAUCGAGGAGAAAAAGCGCAAGGCAGCAGGCCUUCCCGACAACCGAAAGCGCCCGCCUUCCGCCCCUUCCGAACAACCUUCAGAAGCCAAGCGGAUAAAGUUGGAAAAUGAAGCCCCUCCGCCGAACAAUGCUGCCGCCCUUUUGGCCGGUUUCGACUUCACCUCCCUACCUGCCGCCUUAAUCACCGAACUCAUCGUCGCCAAUCUUGACGCGUUCUCAGAUGCAGCGCUGACCGCGCUCGUUCACAAAUACCGCCAGACACUGGUGGGAGCUGCUCCUGCUGCUGCCCCGCAACCUGCCCCUACACCUGUCCCUCCCGUCGCCAAGCCCACUCCCCCUCCAAAUGCGCCCUCAGGCCCAAGGAAAGACCGACGUUCACCACUGCCAGAAGGUACACCAGUACCAUCCGGCCAACCUCCUCAGGCUGCUGCCGCAGAGGAGAUCAAAGAAGAACCCGUCGACCCACUUCAAAUGGCUAUCGACGACGAGGAGAUCGAGUUUGAACCUGAGAAACUCAACAACGAGCUUUCAACUCGCGCUCCAGUUGCCGAAUCUCAGCCAAGCGCCAUCGAAGCAGACAUUGAAUCGAUCAACCUCCAACUCGUCGAUUUCAAACUCCCUCCACCCUCCGACUGGGAUGAAGAUGACCGGACCAAGAUCAUCUCAAAGUCGCUCACACGGAUAUGGGACGGCGCUGACGAACUCAAGUCCUUCGGUGAAGCGAUCCCUGUGGAUUCCUCGCAAGCUGGGGGCCAUUCUGCCACAGAGCUUUGGAUGCUGUUGAUCGUGCGGAUGAUCACGAGGGUGGCGAAACCACCGCAGGACCUGUUGGGAGGCGGGGAUCAGGAUCAGGAUGAGAAGAUGAAGGAGGGGAAUGAAGUUUCAACCCCAGUGGAGGACUUCUAUGCUCGGCAGGACCAGCUAAGACAAACGAUCUGCGAAUAUAUCAUGACCGACUUUCCCUCCAGGGUACGUCUUGCGACAACGUGGAUGAACGAAGAGUGGUACAACGACCAGAUAAGGACGGCAAAGGACCCUAGCUGGAGACCGAACUAUGAUACGUGGUUAAACCAGAUCGUCGCUUCUUACCAGACCAUCUUGGAUGGGAAGGACAAGACUUUUGCUAGGUUCUUGCUUGACCUGCCUUCUGUACCGGCAGACGUGCUCGACCUGCUUCGGGAGUUGUGCGUGGACAGUACAAGCCCGGAACGAAUGCAGGUUGGGUAUACGACGCUGCGGGGACUGGUCAGUCAACGGCCUUCGCUGCGGAUCGAAGCUUUGAACGUGUUACUCGAGUUGACUACACACCCAGAACGCAAGACGCGUGCCGCGGCCAUCAACACGGUGAAGAUGUGGGUUCCCAACACACAACCUAUGUUCGGUCUCAUUCGAGAGUUUGCUCUCCAAAUGCUGAGGAAGCUGCAACAAACCAAGGCUCCGCCGAAGAGUGGCAACGAGGCGCCUAAUAGUGAAGGGAAAGAUAAGCCUCCUGCGGAGAAUGGAAAGGACGGACAUGGUCCUGGGCCGACACCUGCAAAGCAAGCUGAUGUGCCAAUGGAGCAGGAUGGUGGCGACAAACCGGCCGAUGGGGACAUGGAGGAUGGACAAGUGACAGUUCCUCCAGAAGAUCUGGUUCAAACGCCCUACCUGCCCAACACCGUAGAUCUCCCGGCCAACAAACAACAAGUUCUCCAGCACCUUGAAUUGCUCUUUGCUCUGUCAGUCAAAGUGCCCGAGUUCUUGGAACAAAUCUUCUUGGCUUUUGGGAAAAUGGACAUUAGUGUCCAGGAAGCGAUUCAAGAGCUAAUAACGCAACUCAUUCGUUCGCUUGGGCCGAACCACGGAAAGCUACUCACAUUACUGAGGACGUGUCCAAAGGGAUCGGAGAACCUCGCGCUCCGGGUGCUCAACAUUUUCACUGAGCACGGACGGCCGAGUGCUCAGUUGGUUGCCUUGGUCAAGAGCCUGAUCAAUGAGCGUGACUUGGACGCGCGAUUCCUCAUUCCCAUCAUUGCGGAGAUGGACAAGUCGGAUAUCAUCAAAUACUUGCCCCGCAUCGUGUCGAUUCUCAAUGGGAAGCCGGAGCCCAAGAACCUCGUCCGUUCCGUGUUUAGCUCGAUCGUCACCACUCCUCCGCAAACAUUCGGAAGUGUUACCUCUAAUCUCCCUCGUGUGAGACAGAGUGAACUGCUGACCCCGGCCGAACUGAUGGUUUUGUUACACGAGUCGGAGAAGGAGAUUGGGUUCAAGGCUGCGAUGGAAGCGAUUGGAAUCUGCUUCUCCAUGGCGGACGUUUACCGCUCCGAGAUUUUGGGUGUGGUUAUGCAGCAGAUUAUGGACAACACUGUGAUUCCGACAUUGUUCAUGCGAACGCUGCCCAAGGAUAGGUUGAAGGAGUUGGUGGAUAAGCAUCCUAGUUUGAAGGCCGGGUUGAGGGACUUUGUGACGAAGAAGGCUGCGAACAAGGCGCGUCAGGCGGGAAUUCUGGAUAUUUUGGACGCGCCGGGUCCUAGUGCUUCUAGUACACCUGCGGCGGGUUCGACGACGUCUGCUGCACCUGUGGCGGAUGGUGCAGGGAGUGCAGCGGCGUCUCGUCAUUCGACACCUGCCCAACCUGAGCAGACAGGUGCCCCUAUUCAGGUUGUUGGAUCUGAGAGAACAGACCCACCGGACGUUUCGGAAUCGUAG